AUGCCCAUGAAAAGACGCUAUUCGAACUCCAGCGUCGCGCCUACUACCAAUGCACCAUCUCCUGGAGCAGCAUUGGGAGGGUUGAACACCGAGCUAGACAAGUUGUCCCCUCGCUUUGAUAUCUCGUCGUCUCAGAUUGAGAUUCUGAAAUCUCCAUCUGACUUUUACGAGGCCUUGAAGGCAAGUUGA